CAACUACAGGCUCAAGUCCACGGCCAAACCCACGGCCAAACCCACGCCCAAACCCACGCCCAAACCCACGCCCAUCCACACAAUGCAGGCAACGCUCACAGACACUCGGAUCCCCACCAACCACCAGCCCACAACCAUCACGCCCAUGUUCACUCCCCUGGCGACAUUCACAGACAUUCCGACGCCCACAAUCACGCCCACGUCCACGGACACAGCCAAGGACAGUGGGGGAUGAAGGGUCCUGUAGGCUCGAGGUUAAGCAGGAGUGUGGAGAGUCUUCCCAGGGACAUAAAGGAUCACAUCCUCAAGUGCCAGUGUACCUGUGACCACCUGGGCUAUGGCAACAUCUCGGCACCAUCCCUCCACCAUCUGCCAGGGCUGACGAACGGCUGCUCGUCCAAGAGUUCCACCGCCAGCCGUGACCCCGUGACCCCUGACGUGACCCAGCUAAGGAACAAAGGCAGAGCAGGCGUGGAGGUACCAGCACACGUAUGGGGAGGCGUGUGUCUGGUGUUGGUACUAGCGGGCGUGGGAGGCGUGGGUGUGACAGUACCCCUUGCCUUAAGAGUCGAUCCCAGCGCUGGCCUCCAAGACAGACUUGAUGUCGUCACUCACCUCCUCAAGGACACUCCCCUGGUAGAUGGACACAACGACCUGCCGUGGAACAUCAGGAAGUUUAUGCACAAUAAACUUCACAGUUUCAACUUCACGGCCGAGCUGAAGAAACUUCGUCCGUGGUCCAGGUCCUCUUGGUCCCAUACUGACCUGCCCAGACUGAAGGAGGGCAUGGUGGGUGCCCAGUUCUGGGUAUCCUACGUGCCCUGUGAGUCUCAGAGGCUCAACGCGGUUCAGCUCACCAUAGAACAGAUUGACCUCAUCAAGAGACUCAUCGACCAGUACCCAGACGAUCUUCGCCUCGCUACCUCCGCCCACGAGGUGGAGGAAGCCUUCAAGAACGGCCGCAUCGCCAGCCUGAUCGGUGUUGAGGGAGGUCACGCCAUACAGAACUCCCUCGGGGUACUGCGGGCGUUGAGAGACCUGGGUGUACGGUACCUGACCCUCACCCACACCUGCAGCACGCCCUGGGCUGAGUGUGCCAGAGCGAGGGAGACUGACCUGGAGGACCCUAAGUCACCUCGGGGCCUGACUCAGUUUGGCAAGACGGUAGUGAGAGAGAUGAACCGCCUGGGGCUGAUGGUAGAUCUCUCACAUACGGUAGAGAUGAACCGCCUGGGGCUGAUGGUAGAUUCACACGUGUCUCUCACCCUCACUUCUCUCCCACAGACGGUAGUGAGAGAGAUGAACCGUCUGGGGCUGAUGAGAGAGAGGAACGUCCCCGACCACAUCCUGAAGAAGGUGGCUGUGAACGGAGGUCUUGUUAUGGUCAGUUUCUACAACCAUUUCCUGACCUGUAGUGAACAUGCAUCUGUGAAGGAUGUUGUGGCUCACAUCAACCACGUGAGGGAAAUAGCUGGGAUACAACACGUUGGUAUUGGUGCUGACUUUGAUGGGGUGAACAAGUUACCAGAGGGCCUUGGGGACGUCUCAGAGUACCCGCACUUGUUCGCUGAGCUGCUGGCGGACCCGACCUGGACCUUAAGACCUGAAGCUUCUGGCAGGACACAACUUACUCCGGGUCAUGAGACGUUGAAAAGGUAGGUGAGGUUAUGAGGGCGCGGAAGAUGGUGCCCUAUGAGGAAGAGGUCCCGCCCUCCCAGCUCGAAGGACUCACAGACUGCUCCUACAAGUUCACCAAGAAUCCUGACGAGUCUUAACCACGUCCUUGAGGGUUAGGAACAGGUUAAUAUAGUUCCCCAGCGUCUAGGAUCGCCAUAUGGUGCUUAACAAUUCCCUGGGAUUGUUAGGAAUCAAUAAAAACACGUCCUAGCGAGGAAACAUAACCAAAAAAUAGGAUACUUACGACAACUAGUAAAAUGAGGAAUUUUUUGGGGGACUAAGAACCGACCUCCGAGCUAGACAGGUUCAACUAGCGCCACAAUGACGCCGAGGAAGGUUCUGAAAGUGCUAAGAACCGACAAAAAUCACGACCCCCGACACAUGGCGACUCCUAACAUUGUCCUAAGACUGAAGGGGAAUUAACGUAAAUAUCCCGUUGAUAAUAGAGAUUGAUAGAGAGAGAGACACUAGACAGUCAGGUGGAGAAAACAGGCGACUCAAUCAUCAUGUCAACAAAAGAUGCGAUAUAUCUACCUAGAAUCACAAACAUUCUAAAAUUUUCCAAUAUUUCCACUCCAGAGAUCGCUUCUGCUGCCUUAACAACAUGGCUUAAAAUCCCAAACGCUUGACAGGACGAAACAGUCAAACGUACAAAAAUAUUAACCUGAAGACUUAUGACUGUGUAUAAAUGGGAAAUACUAACUGUUAACUG